AUGCCUGAACCACCAGGCUUCCGUCUUCCCUGGCUCCUCCGCUUCCCGCCUCGCGAAAGCGCCACCCGCGCUGCACCCCUUGACGCUUUCCUUCCCCCUCAACGGGCCAACGGCUCCACUCCAACUCCAACCCCUCCAAGGCGCCGACCAUACUGCACUGCUACUUGUCCUCACUUCCUGCUCCGCCUCCACUGCAGAGAGGAGCAAUGCAUCCCUGCGGUGCCUGAAGAACCAACCGUGUGGCCUGUUCAAGCAGGUUGGAUGUUCUGCUUCCAGCUUGAUACGUUAUCUGUGGAGAUUUACGUGAACGUGAUACAAUGGUACUGCAAAUCUUACGGGAGCCAUAACUCACUCGCAAAAAAAAAAGGAGCCAUAACUGAAAUGGAAGAAGCUCUGAAAUCCUGCGUGGAGCAGCUGGUCAUUGCCAGAGAAGAGCGGGAGCAGAUCAUCGUCGAGGCAGCCAACGAGAUAUCCUCCGAGAAGAAGAAAGUGCGCGAGCUACAGCACAAGCUGGAAGACGCGAACAAGAAUGCGGCGAAGCUCGCCGCCGAGAACAGCAGCCUCUGCAAGGCCGUCGAUGACAGGGACACGAUGAUCAGGGAGGUGAGGGAGUCUGAGGCGGCCGCGGGCGACAAGCUCGCAGACGCGACGGCGAGGCUCGAGUCGGCGCAGAAGCAGGGCGUCUCGCUGCGGUACGAGGUGCGCAUGCUCCAGAAGGAGCUGGAGGUCCGGGGCCAGGAGCGGGAGUACGACCUCAAGUCCGUCGACGCCGCGCAACGGCAGCAGGCGGAGCAUCUGAAGAGGAUCGCGCAGCUAGAGGCCGAGUGCCAGCGGCUGCGCGCCAUGGUCCGCAAGCGGCUCCCGGGGCCGGCGGCGAUAGCCAAGAUGAGAGACGAGGUCGAGCAGCAGCAGCCGCCACCGCCCGGAGCCAGACCGAGGCGGCCGCGCCCCGCGACGCCCUCAACGCCACGGUCAGUGACGCCGUUCUCGCCGCGGACGCCGCGGCGCUCCGUCUCCGACGCCGAAAGCUACGCGUUCAAGCUCCGUGCCGUCGAGGACGAGAACAAGGCGCUGAAGCAGGUGCUCGCCAAGAGGGAAAGCGAGCUGCAGUUCGUGCAGAUGAAGUACGCCGACGAGGCUUGCAAGCUGACAGUGGUGCAGAGGCAGCUCAAGGAUCUGACAGAAGAGAACUGGCAGCUGAGUGAUGCUAACUGUCAGUCUGAAUCUUGGGCUUCUGCUCUGAUUUCUGAACUCGAGCAUUUCAGGUCUGGGAACCAGGGUGGCGCGUCCAUCAUGGCAUCAUCCGACAUGAACUUGCUCGAUGAUUUCGCUGAGAUUGAGAAAAUGGAGAUGGCGCCAGGUGAUCGAAAGCGCAACACGCCACGUGCAUCUCUGGAGAAGGCGGAUACGAGAUCAGUAACGCCAGAGAAGAAUGACAAUGGUCUUGUCAUGAAUGGUAGUAUCCCCAACGGCCAUCCUGAAAGAGUUCAUGAUAUCUGGGAUCUCGUAAUGCAUAAGCAUGAUGCAAGUGGGGAAAGUGUUGACACCAUUCUUGAAAAAAUAAGGCAUGAAUUGGAUUUGGAUCGAAGCACUAUUUACGCGAAAAGAGAAUAUUCAGAUGUAUCGUAUGACCGGUCCGAAGUAGAGAAGAUGGUGAGAAAUCUGGUUGAGGAAGUCACUCCCAUGAUUCACAAAUCUGCAGAAGACAAUGUUGCAAGAUCCAGACUACUGCUACAUUACAAGCCUGAACUCUGUGGCCGCCUUGAGAACCUGGUUCAUGUCUGUCAUGAUCUACUACAUGGUAGUAAAGCUAACCUUGGAAAGUUCAUUGAUGAGGUUUGCCUGAUCCUGAAGUACAUAGUGAGCCAAUACUUGUCAAACCAAGAUCCAUCUGAUACUGUGGAUAGUGAUAUAAUGAAUAUUGAUGGGGUUAAGUCAUUAGGUACAAUCAACACAGAGGGUCAACAGGACAUCCAAAGUGCAAAACCAGCAGCAGCUUUAGAUAUCCAGAAAGAUGCACAGGUAGGACCAAUUCAGUCAGCUGAAUGUCAGAUUAUGGCCAGUCUUCAAGAGAAGCUUGAUAAAGAACUCACACGAGUUAUACUUGCCCAGGAUGAUAAUAUUCUGCAGGGCAGAAAAUCAACGUACUGUGAGAUAGAAAGCCCUUCUGCUGAGGCAAGUGUGGAAGAUUGGGCAGCACAAGAGGAAAAUCAGUUACCAACAAACUCAGAGAUACUAGCAGCAGCUGGCAAGAUCGCACAUUGCCAGGAGACGAUCACAAUUCUCAGCAAGCAGUUGCAAGCUCUAAAGAUCCCGACAACUUCAGGUCCUCUAGACAGCCCAUUCUGCAACCCCAGGCCGAGCUCGGCUCUGUCCGACUACAAGCCCCAGUCACUCGGAAGCAUUCUCGCCGAAGAGUUCGCCAACGCUGUAGGUUCCAGAUCUCCUGCUACGCCCAAAGAAGUGCAGUUCAAGAAAAAAGACGACGAGCUUUAUGCUACACCGAAAAGGAGCACAGCACAAGAGCAGAACGGUGACCCAAGGAAGAAGAAGAAGCGGGGUCCAAGCUUGCUCGGCAGGAUAAUGUUCAGAAAGAAAGUGGAAGGCAGCUCCUAGACUUCGUUGAACCAAAAUGGCGGAUGCACAGCCGCUGGUGCUGCAACCUGCAAGUGUGCCAUCUGACUAGUACUGCUACGCUAUGAUCAGUAAUUUUUGGGCGUGUUGUGUUUGUGGCUUUGUUCAUUCCUUGCAUUCCUGCUCCAGAUGAGCAAUCUUUUUGGCCAUACAUUCUGUUCCAGAGCCUGAUGACUGGUGGCAGCAGAGCAGGCUCUAGAACAGGGUGUGAGCUAUCUGUUUUCCUUGGCGUACGUGAACAGGUUUUCUUUGUGUAUUUAUGGACUUCAUGAUUGUGUUAAUUUAUUCUUUAUUGAAGGAGAAUUUAUUCCUUUU